UACGUCAGAGCGCUUCUUUACUGCGUUGCGAUGUUCUUGGCCGUGUGCAGAUGCGGAGGAGCUGUGAUGUACUUCUGGGAUCGAAGCCUCAAGAACACGAAUCUCAAAGGUAGCACUCAGGAUCUCGUUAACAGUAUGCCCCCAUCGCCUGUCAAGGAUGGCCAUGCCCUUCAGGCUGGCGGUGAUCUCGAAAGUCUUGGUGCUUCUCCGAGAACCCCUUGGCGAGGAGAUGUUACUCUGGGCAGGAGACCAGACUGGCAAGGAAUGUUUGGCGAGUUUGCCGAGCUAUACAGAGGAAAGAACGUCGGAGUCCUGGUAUCCGGUGGAUCGAAUAUGCAAGAGGACGUCGCCGCCCGCUGUAAGCAUGACAACAGCUUACAAGGCUCUGAAGUGGCGUUCCACUACCACUCCGUCAGCUUCGAGCUGUAAAUCGUCGACACCUUUGGUGUGGAAGUAGAGAUGUAUCCUAUUCAGUAGGAACCGAACCCCCCAACUGAGUGUCCAAGUUCAGAAACUAGGCACAAGCAGCAAUCCCUAUAUUCCUAUUGAGCCCAUAUUCCUAUAUUUCAGUAUCUGAUUCUUAGAUUAAUCAAAUGGAUUACUUCGAGCUGGUGGAUGUAAAAAUAAUGUGGAAAGCUAUUUCUGCCUAAUGUAGAGCUACUCAGCAAUUGUUGUUGCACUAUCUGAGCAUUAGACACCGGCACAGCCGCUUUUCAAAACCAUAGAGCACCGUAAGCCCGUCGCCAAACUUCUGAAGCGUGUGAUUUCGACAAGAUCAGAUGAGCUUGUGUAUCAUUUUGAAACCCAAAAUCAGAAAAGAAAAAAAAACAAGCACAGUUUCUGUGCAUGAUCUU